AUGGUUCAAACGUGUUCCGUUGCUUUUUGCAAAAGCAGAAAAACAUCAAGCGGUGACUUACAUUUUUUCUCGUUUCCUUUAAAAAAUCCCGAUCUAUUGCAACAUUGGGUUAGUGCUACAAAAAAAGAUUUGUUUUUUCCAAAUAGAUGGAGUAAAAUUUGCAGUAAUCACUUUUUACCUAUUAUUAUAGACAACCUCCUGGGGAACUUAUAUUUUAAAAUUGAAUAG